AAUGUUUACGCGCGUCAAUGUUUACGCCAAGGCCAAAUAUCAUAUGAGAGAUUUAAUGGAACAGCUUCAGCGUAUUUAUAACGAUUUGGAAGACAGGAACGAAAUUGCCAUUAUAGAGAAAUACGGAAGGAACGCAAGAUAUUAUACGGCAAGACUGAUAAAUGUUCAAAUGUGGCCGGACAUCCUGCAAAUUAUUUCAUCCACAAAUACAUCUCGACCACGUCAGUUGCAGGUUUUGACUGAAUAUUUUGUUGAUCAAGAAAAAUAUUUCUAUUAUCUGCUACUACAUAUAAAUGCAGCUAUUUGUAUAGAGCUUGUUUCACUUGUAGCGACAGAGACAAUGCUCAUCGCAUAUUUUCAAUAUAUGUGCACAAUGUUUACAAUUGCUAGGUAAAACAAUAAACACAAAAAUUUAAAAAAAAAUUAAAUUAAAAGUUUUGUUUUCUCGUUUGGUACGAACCCAAAGAUUUAUUCUGCAAAAUAUAUAUUAUAAUGCAAAACUUAAAUAAUUUGUCUACUAGAAAAUGAAAUUUUUACUUAUUCUAUAUAUGCAAUGUUAUAUAAAAAUUUCUAAGCAAUUAAUUUUACAAGCUCUGCUUUGAAGAAGAAACUUUAAGUAAUACUAAGAUCAAACUACACUAACAAUAAGAGAGAGAGAGAAAAAAGAUAUUUUAUUUUUACUUUCAUAAUAUUCAAAUUUCUUAAUUUUAUAUUUGUGUAAUAUUACGAAUAUGUGCUAUGUGUUUUUAUUGGACCGUGCUUACUUACUAUUGUAGUACUAAUUCUUCUAAAUUAUAAUUAUUCAACAUUGCGAGAUUAUUAUUUAAGCCAUAUCAUUAUAUACAUCGAUAAUAAAUUAUUUACAGUUAUCGUAUCGAGAAGGCAAUAAAAAUUCAAAUAUCGCAAGAUAUUAUCAAGCAUAACAAGAAUUUAAUAAGAAUAUAAGAAGUGCCAUAGAUAUUCAUCGAAAAGCCAUGAAGAUAGUAUCUA